AUGAGAACGACGAACUCGGAUUCGCCCGCAAGCUAUCCGGUCGCCAUCGUCGGAGGCGGUCCGACCGGUCUGUCGGCUUCUAUUCUUCUCUCGCAGUGCAAUAUUCCGCACGUCUUGUUUGAGAGAUACCCGUCGACAUCCAUCCAUCCCAAAGCAUGCGGUUACAAUCAUCGCACCGUAGAGAUUUGGCGGCGCAUGGGGGUCGAAGACGAGUUAAUCAAGAGACGCGCCCCGGCGGACAUCAUCUGCAGAACAGGGUGGUACACCAGCUUUGGACCGUCCGGGAUGGAGAUUGUCAGCCGAGAUUCCUGGGGCGGUGGUGCCUAUGAGGAGGAAUAUGCGUCUGUCUCGCCGUGUCAGUAUUCCAUACUGCCACAAAUCCAGCUUGAACCUCUCCUGCAGAAGCGGGCAUUAGAACUAAACCCCCGCGGCAUUCUCUACAACACCGAAGUCACCAAAGUCAAGGAAGCAGACGAUCACAUCCUCAUCACGUAUCAGCGCAAGGGCCAGCCCUCCGAGACCAUGCGAGCGAAGUACUGUAUUUGUGCGGAUGGCGGCCGCGGACUGACCGAACAGCUUGGAAUUGGCUGGGAAGGAGAACGCGAUGUCAUGAACAUGGUGUCCGCACACGUCCGCGCUCCUUUGUCUCUAUACCACCCCGACAUUCAAAACUUUAUAACCUGGUUUGUCAACCCACAACUCGGCGGCACCAUCGGUUCCGGCUACCUCUAUCACCUGGGCCCAUACCCCAUAUCUCCCGAUACCGAGGAGUGGGUUUUCGCGUGCGGCUUGGCCCCCGGGGAAAGAAGCAUGGACGGGCCGGCUGUACUGAACAGGAUGCACAUUACGCUGCAAAUUCCGGACCUCAAGGCAGAAGUUCUUUCCACCAGCUAUUGGUACGUCAAUGCACUGACCGCAAGGCGCUACCGCAGCAAGCCGUCGGCGGGACGGGUCUUCGUUGUCGGGGAUGCGGCCCAUCGGAUUCCCCCAUGGGGUGCUCUAGGUCUCAACACUGGCGUACAAGACGUGGACAAUCUCGUGUGGAAGCUGAAUCUAGCAGUGAAUGGCGUUCCGUCAUCUCUCGAGCCCGGUGCAGAUCUCAAUGCAUUACUCGAUACGUACGACUCUGAGCGUCGACCGAUCGGCCAACGAGUGCGCGAUAACGCAUUGCACAACCUCCGCUCCCACGGACUGGUCAUGGACCGCGCCAUCGGCGUUUCUCCCUCCAACACCCGGGACGAGAACGUCGCGAAUAUGGACUCUUUUCUGAAUGCGCCGGCGGACGACCGUGAAGCCAUCACCCGCCGCGAAGCAGUUGAUCGUGCGCAAAAAACACUUGACGCCGAGUUCCACGCGCUAGGUGCAGAAGUCGGGUGGUUUUACCCUGACGUCGACGUCGAUGGAGAAGGCAAGGCAACAAAUCAUGACGGCCAGCUUACCGAAGACGGACAGCUAGACUCGUUGUACUAUCAUCCUUCGACCAUUCCAGGACAUCACCUGCCGCAUGCUUGGCUUGAACAGGAUGGGCGGAGACUAUCAAGCAGGGAUCUGGUCCGCUAUGAUGGAUUCGCUCUCUUUACGUCGCGGCCUGAGCUGUGGAGCAAGGCCGUAGAGGAUGAUGGUCACGGGUUAGUGAGUCUUGUGGAAGUCUUAGACAAGGAUAUGGGGUCGUCGGGUGAUCACUCGUCUGGAUGGAAGGACGUUGACGGUAAAUGGGCCGCCGAGCGCGGUAUCGGAAGCUCCGGCGCCGUAUUGGUUCGACCGGAUGGGAUCGUUGUCUGGCGUGCCAAAGAGUUCGACCCAGAUAAUUACUCUGCACCGGGCUGGCUCAGUACCGUACUCCGCAGGGCAUUGAAGCUUGCAUAG